CCGGGCACCUGCCCCUCGGGUCUCAAGCCCGGGACGCCGCGCUGCGCCAUGUUCCGGAAACUGAAGCAGAGGCUCAGCGAGGAGCAGCAGCAGCUCCAGCAGGCUCUGGCCUCGACGCAGGCUUCCUCCAGUAGUUCAACGCCAACAAGAGCCGGGAGCAGGACCUCUUCAUUUACGGAGCAGCUUGAUGAAGGUACCCCCAACAGGGAGCUGCUGGCCGGGGUGAUAGCAGAGCCCGCUCUCCUCUCUGAGUACACGGUCUUUGCUCUGGGUCCCUCCAGAGAGCCUGAGACACAGGCUGCCCGCGUGAAUGCAUCUAUCCAAGCCACAAAACCUCCCGACAGUGUUAAUGGAAGUGAAGCCGCCGCUCCUCAGCCAGGCGACACGCAGUCUUUUGCGCAGAAGCUCCAGCUCCGGGUGCCGUCCAUGGAGUCCUUGUUUCGCAGCCCGCUGAAGGAGUCUCUGCUCAGAUCUUCUUCCAAAGAGUCUUUGGUCCGAACGUCUUCCAGGGAGUCCCUGACUCGAUUUGACCAGGACUCUUCUGCGGCCGCCUUUGACCCGCCCUCUGACAUGGAGAGUGAGCCAGAAGACCCGCUGCCCAGUCUGGACGGUCUCAACAAAGAACAGUUGAUCCAGUGCUUGCGGAAGAUGGAACGGAGGCUGAACAGCUACAAAGGAAGAUGUUCCGAGCUUGUUACAGCUUAUCAGACUCUUCAGAGAGAGAAGAAGAAGCUCCAAGGUAUAUUAAGUCAGAGUCAGGAUAAAGCACUUCGGAGAAUUGGAGAGCUAAGAGAGGAGCUGCAAAUGGAUCAGCAAGCAAAAAAGCAUCUCCAGGAGGAGUUUGACGCAUCUUUAGAGGAAAAAGAUCAGUAUAUCAGUGUUCUUCAGACGCAGGUCUCUCUGCUGAAACAGCGGCUGCGGAACGGCCCGACGGGUGCGGACUUAGCGCCCAGUGCGGACUUCCCGAGGCCGCUCCCUCCGGCGGACUCGGGGGCUGACCCAGAGCCAGCAGCCGCAGACGGAGCUGCCGCGAAAACCCUGGACGUCCUGCAGCAGCGCGUCAAGCGGCAGGAGAACCUCCUGCAGCGCUGCAAGGCCACGAUCCAGUCCCACAAGGAGCAGUGCGCGCUGCUGACCAGCGAGAAGGAGGCCCUGCAGGAGCAGCUGGAGGAGAGGCUCCAAGAGCUGGAGAAGAUGAAGGAGCUUCAUAUGGCUGAGAAGACUAAACUUAUCACUCAGUUGCGUGAUGCAAAGAACUUAAUUGAACAGCUUGAACAAGAUAAGGGAAUGGUGAUAGCAGAGACCAAGCGCCAGAUGCACGAGACCCUGGAGAUGAAGGAAGAGGAGAUUGCACAGCUCCGCAGCCGCGUCAAGCAGAUGAGCGCCCAGGGGGAGGCGCUGCGGGAGCAGAGAGAGAAGUCCGAGAGAGCUGCUUUUGAGGAACUUGAAAGAGCCUUGAGUUCAGCCCAAAAAACAGAAGAAUCUCGAAGAGAAAUGAAGGCAGAAAUGGAUGAACAAAUAAAAGCCCUUGAGAAAGCCAGGGAGGAGGAACGUGCCAUUCUUCAGCGUGAACUGAGUCGCGUGAAACAGGAGGUUGUUGAUGUGAUGAAAAAACACUCCGAGCAAGUUGCUAAACUGCAGAAGCUUCAUGAAGAGGAGCUGGCCCGAAAAGAGCAGGAGCUGACCAAGAAGUUUCAGGCCCAAGAGAGUCAGUUUCAGGAGCAAAUGAAAAUGGCCCUCGAAAAAAGUCAGUCGGAAUAUUUGAAGAUCACCCAAGAAAAAGAACAGCAAGAGUCUUUGGCCCUGGAAGAGUUAGAGUUGCAGAAGAAAGCGAUCCUCACGGAGAGUGAAAAUAAGCUUCGGGACCUUCAGCAAGAAGCAGAGACUUACAGAACUAGAAUUCUUGAAUUGGAAAGUUCUUUGGAAAAAAGCUUGCAAGAAAGCAAAAAUCAAUCAGAAGAUUUAGCUCUCCAUUUGGAAGCAGAAAAAAAUAAACACAACAAAGAAAUUACAGUCAUGGUCAAGAAGCACAAGGCAGAACUGGAAGGCCUGCAGAAUCAGCAGGAUGCUCUUUGGACUGAAAAACUCCAAGUGGUCAAGCAGCAGCAUCAGGCCGAAAUGGAAGAACUUAGAGAGAAGCAUGAACAAGAGAAAGAAACAUUGUUGAAAGACAAGGAGAGCAUCUUCCAGGCCCACAUAGAAGAGAUGAAUGAAAAGACGUUGGAAAAGCUCGAUGUGAAGCAAACAGAGCUGGAGUCGCUGUCUUCUGAACUGUCAGAAGUCAUGAAGGCCCGUGACCGGCUGGCAGAGGAGCUGUCUGUGCUCAGGGGUCACGCAGAGACAGCGAGGCAGGAGCUAGAGGCCAGGCUCGAGGAACAGAAGAGCUGUCACGAGCAGCACGUGGACAGGAUCCUCAAAGAACAGGAGAGGUCUAUGCAGAGAACGGAGAAGGCGUUAAAAGAGGAGACUAAUCGGCUCAGUCUUCUUCUGCAGGAGAAGGACCAGCACCUGAGGGAGCAGCGGGCUCGCGUGGAAAACUUAGAGGCACGUAUCCAGAGGUCCGAAGCGGAGCUCGGGCAGGCGGCGGCGGAGCUGGCUCUGCUCCGCUCGCAGCCGAGUCCCGCGGGCGAGCAGUCCGGCGCGUCCCCGGAGCACGUGGCCCAGCUGCAGGAGAAGUUGCUGGACUUGGAAGCGGAAAGAAGUCUUCUUUCUAAACAGGUGGCCGAAGUUGAAGCGCAGAAGAAUGCUGUCUGUGGCGAGUUAGACACUCACAGAACCCAGGUGCAGGACUUAAUGCGGCAGCUUGAAGAGCAGAAGAGUGAAAUGGAGGGAAAAGUGCAGUCCUUAACCCAACUCUACGAGUCCCAGCUUAGAGAUACGAGUGCAGAACAGGCACAGACGAAGCAGAUCUUGAUAGAAAAGGAAAAUGUAAUUUUACAGAUGAGAGAAGGGCAGAGCAAAGAAAUUGAAACUCUCAAACAGAAACUAUCAGCCAAGGAGGACAGUAUUAGUAUUUUACAUGAGGAAUAUGAAACCAAAUUUAAAAAUCAAGAAAAAAAGAUGGAAAAAAUUAAGCAGAAAGCGAAGGAGAUGCAAGAAACGUUAAAGAAGAAAUUACUGGAUCAAGAAGCCAAACUUAAAAAAGAGCUUGAAAAUACUGUCCUGGAACUUAGUCAGAAGGAAAAACAGUUCAAUGCCAAGAUUUUGGAAAUGGCACAGGCCAAGUCCGCCGGAAUCAGCGACGCGGUGUCGAGGCUGGAAGCAAACCAAAAGGAGCAAAUCGAAAGUCUCACCGAGCUGCACAGGCGCGAGCUCGGUGAUGUCGUGUCUGUCUGGGAGAAGAAGCUUAAUCAGCAAGCUGCGGAGCUGCAGGGAAAAUACGAACUCCAGGUGCGGGAGAAAGAGCAGGAGGUGGCGGAACUGAAGCAGGAGGUCCUGCGGUGCGGCCGCGAGAACGAGGACCUGGGCCGGGAGCUGGCGCGGCUGGAGGAGGAGGGCGCGCGGCGGGACGCGGCGCUGCGGGGGCUGGAGGCCGACCUGGCCCGUUCUCUGAAGGAGAACACUUCUCUCCAAGAGCACGUAGCUGAACUGGAGAGACUGGCAGAGAAAGAUAAGCUGAAGGUUUCUGAGCUGACUGACAAGUUGAAAGCCACUGAUGAGGAACUCCAGAGUUUGAAAUCCUCUCGUGAAAGAAGUGAGAAAAGCCUAGAAGACAAAAGCUUGGCAUUCAGAAAACUAUCUGAGGACCUAGCGGUUCAGCUGGAUAUUUACUCCAAGAAAACUGAAGCCUUGUUACAAACUAAAACAGACGAGCUCAUCAGUAGCAGCAGCAGUAAAAUCAAUGUCCUUCUCUCUAGAAUUUCCCACUGUCAGCACCACACAACAAAAGUUAAGGAGGCGCUACUGCUGAAAACUUGCAAAGUUUCUGAAUUAGAAGCACAGGUUAGACAGCUAACAGAAGAGCAGAAUACACUAAAUAGUUCUUUUCAACAGGCUACCCGUCAGUUAGAAGAAAAAGAAAGUCAGAUUAAGAGCCUGAAGGCUGAUAUUGAAGGUCUCGUAAUGGAAAAAGAAGCCUUACAGAAGGAAGGAGGCAGCCAGCGGCAGGCUGCCUCCGAGAAGGAGUCCUGUAUCACACAGUUGAAGAAAGCGUUAUCUGAAAACAUCAAUGCCGUGACGCUCCUGAGAGAGGAGCUGGAAGAAAAGAAGUCGGAGAUCGGCAGUCUCAGUCAGCAGCUGGCCGGGCUGAGCACCGAGCUUGAGAGCAGCGUCAGCCUCGCCGAGAAGGAAGCGGCCGUCGCGGCGCUCAGCAGGCGGUACGAAGAACAGCACCGGGACUUGCUGGACCAGGCUCAGAGCUUAUCUUUGAAAGUUGAAACUCUGACUGCAGAGAAAGUCUCUGCUCUUGAACAGGUGGAUCACCUGUCCAGCAAGUUCUCCGAAUGGAAGAAGAAAGCACAGUCAAAGUUUAUACAGUAUCAAAAUAAUAUUAAAGAAGUGCAGACACAGCUUGAGUUAAAGACGAAGGAAGCCAGUGAAAAGGCCGCGCAGGUAAGCUUCCUGAAGGAGGGCCUUGAUCAGCAGAGCGAGAGACUCGUGUGUCUGAAGGGUGAGAUGGAAGACCAGAAGAGCCAGCUGGAGACAAAGGGGUGUCAUUUAGAGAGCGCGCUAGAGACUCAAAAGGCAAGAAUUGUGGAAUUAGAGGAGCAUCUUGCUCAGAAGACCACUGAGAUGGAGUCCUUAAAUGAAGCUCUUAACAAAUACAAUCAGCAAAGGGACACCGAACAGAAAGAGAUGCUUCGCGAGCUCCAGCACGUUCAAGAGUUGGGAGAAGAGAAGGACAGCAGGGUUAGAGAAGCUGAAGACAAAGUCUUAAGACUUGAAAAGCAAGUGUCUUCCAUGACAUCUGCACUUGAAACCAAGGAGAAAGAACUGGAACAUGCGAAUGCAAGUGUGAAGGCCAGAGAAGAGGUGUUGCGGGCACUGGAAGAUAGACUAGAGCUGGAGAGUGCUGCAAAGCUGGCAGAGCUGAAGAAAAAGGCCGAGCAGAAGAUCGCUGCCGUCAAGAAACAGCUGUUAUCUCAAAUGGAAGAGAAGGAGCAGCAAUAUAAACAAGACGCAGAAGGCCGUUUGGAUGAGCUGAGUAGAAAACUGCAGGAGAGAGAGCGAGAAAUUCAGGCCUUGGAAGAAAAACUUAAAUCCAUGGAAGGUUUACCGCAGUCAGAAGCAUCAGUUACUCUCAGGUCAGCGGCAGCCUGUGCCGAGCACGAAGAGCCAGACCUCCAAGACUGUCAGCAGAAGGCAGGUGAAGGAAAAACCAGCGUUUUACAAGCACGUCUGGUGGAAGAAGAAAAGCGGUUGCAAAGGCUGGAGCAGGAAGAGGAGGAGGCGGCUUCCUCUCACCCUGAAAUGCAGAGCCGGCACCCGGGGCCACUGGUGAAGAGCGGACAUGCGGACGCAGGGCAGCGCGAGGAUCAGGCUGUGACGAGUCGUCUUCAGGAGGAACUUGAAGAGAAAAGUGAGAAACGCUCCUUGAUGGUGUCCCAGCAUGUGGAGGAGGAGGAAGGGGAAAAUAACAUAGGGGUGAAGCAGAACUUGGAAAACGUGGUUGAUGAUGUCCAGAAAGUUCUCCAGGAGAAGAAACUGGCCUGUCAGGUCUUGGAGCAGAAGAUAAAAGAGCUGGAUUCCUGCUUAGCCAGAGAGAGGGAAGGGCAUAGACUGGAGAUGGAAGAGUUGACCUCGAAACUUGAAAAAUUACAGGCUGUACAGCAGCAGAUGGAUGGAGAAAGUAAACCCACAGAAGUUUUGGAAGAAAGUGCCACAGAAAAGUCCAAAUUGCACGAGAUCCCUCCCAGAUUGCCUGGCGACAUGGAGGCCCAGCACAAUGACCUGGAAGUUAAACUGGCAGGAGCAGAGCAGGAGAAGGAGAAGCUGGGCAGGGAGAUCGUCAAGUUGCAGAAAGAUCUUCGAAUGUUACGGAAGGAGCACCAGCAAGAAUUGGACAUCGUGAGGAAAGAGUACGAACAAGAGAUGGAAGAGAAAAUCAAACAGGAGCAGGAAGACCUUGAGCUGAAGCACAACUCCGCGCUGAAGCGGCUGAUGAGGGAGUUCCACACGCAGCUGGCGCAGAAGGAGCAGGAGCUUGAGGUGACCGUGAAGGAGACCAUCGAUAAAGCCCAGGAAGUGGAAGCCGAACUUUUGGAAAGCCAUCAAGAAGAGACAAGUCAGUUGUAUAAAAAAAUUGCAGAGAAGGAAGAUGAUUUACAAAGAACAGCCAAAAGAUAUGAAGAAAUCCUUGAUGCUCGUGAGGAGGAAAUGACUGCUAAAGUAACGGACCUACAGGCUCAACUCGAGGAGCUGCAGACUAAGUACCAGCAGAGGCUGCGUCAGGACGAGAACCCCAGCCAGGACAAAGUAACAGUUAUGGAGUUACAGGCACAGCUGGCGCAGAAGACGACGCUGCUCAGUGACGCGAAGCUGAAAGAGCAAGAGCUCAGAGAACAGAUGCACAGUUUAGAAGACCGAUUGAAGAAGUAUGAAAAGAACGUGUAUGCAGCGACUGUGGGGACACCUUAUAAAGGUGGCAAUCUGUACCAUACUGAUGUCUCGCUCUUUGGAGAACCUACCGAGUUUGAGUAUUUGCGAAAAGUGCUUUUUGAGUAUAUGAUGGGUCGUGAGACUAAGACCAUGGCGAAGGUCAUAACCACGGUCCUGAAGUUCCCUGAUGACCAGACUCAGAAAAUUUUGGAACGAGAAGAUGCCCGGCUAAUGUCUGCUUCACCUCGCAGUGGUCUCUUCUGAGUCAGCCGUCAGUCUGUGCUUAGUUACGUGUGUCCUGGCUCCGACCAUCGUCCUGAAGAAACGCGGUGGGGACUUCGGGCGAGCCAGAGGGCCUCCUUGAGAGCAGGCUGCUCCUCAGGGCCCCUCACGGAGCCAAAGACCAGGAGAGGUCUGGCAUUGGCCCACGGAUAAUCGUGCAGACUGCCUUUCGGAUCCACAGUAUCCGUGGAGAAAUGGUGAUAGUUCCUUCUUUGUCUUCAGUUUUUUGUUGGGAAGAGUUUUAUGUUGUUUAAGAGGUACUUUGAAUAACUCAACCUGACUUACACGGGCUCACUUAAGGUUCCUUUCUUCCAUUCUUUUUGUCCCUCUUUUUAAAGAACUGCUUGCCUUUCCUAUUUAUUUUUAGGGUGAUUUUUUUAAAGACUUGUGCAAUACAUUUUGAGGUGACACUUAGUGGAUUUUUUCUGAUAAAUUAGAGCAUUUAAUUGAGUAUUUUAUCCAGAUUGAUUUGUUGAAUAUUUGCUAAAGACUAGUUCUUUAAGCUCUACACACGAUAAAUCCAAACGGCAGUACCUCAUUGUUUACUUAGCUUUUGUACUUCUAUUUUUCAGAGGAAAAAAUACUACUGUAAAUUGUAAAUAGUACUGUAUUGUACGCAGAUCUGUGAUGGUUGGCAAUGUCAUCUUGGAAGAACAAAUCAAUAAAGUUUAUUUACUGUAUAAAA